GUGGGGGGUUGCCAGAGUUGUGGAGGACACGCCGGCGUACUCAAAGUUUUCAUUUGUCUAGUAGAAAAAGCAGCAAAAAAAACUUGCUAGUUUACAGGGAGGCAGAAGGACACAUCUGUCCUGCCAUUGUCCCAUCUACCAUCCUCCAUCUUCAAGAAAAUGAAUCGACGCACAUGUCAGUCACACUCAGGUAAAUGUUAGUACUACUUGAGAAGAUCUCGCUGGGCUGGCUGGAGAGGAAAAAGAAGAAAGGUGCUGGAAGAUGUCUGUCUGGAUGAUACUGCCCGUUAGCCUCCCAGUCCUGACCAUCACUGGGAUAUGGGUCGUCUAUGCCAUGGCCCUUUACAACCAGCAUGUCUGCCCUGUGGAUAACUGGUUGUAUAACCAGUCAUGUGAGGAGGAGCUAUAUCUGCAGAGCGGGCCAUCCUUGUGCUGCACACUAGACAAUGUACCUCUCAUCAGUAAAUGUGGGACUCUUCCCCCUGAGAGCUGCUUCUUCAGCCUUAUCUGCAGCACAGGCUCAUUCAUGGUUAUGGUGAUUGUGCUGCUUCGCUAUGCCCACGUCAUUGAGAAGCAUCAAAACUGUGUUCUGAACACAGCGAGUCUUUGCACGGGCUGGAUCUGUUCUGCUGGACUCAUCAUGGUGGGCAACUUCCAGGUGGAUAAUGCCAAAGUUCUCCACUAUGUCGGAGCAGGCAUUGCCUUUCCCACCAGUAUGUUGUUUGUGUGCCUGCAGUCAGCAUUGACGUACCGACUGGCCAAGACCCAGGGGGAGUACAACUUGGCACACCUCCGGCUCUGCAUGACCCUGCUGGCCUUGGUAGCCUUGGUGCUCAGUGGUGUUUUUUUCUGUCAGGAGAGCUUCGUUCUGCAGCACGCCUCGGCCAUCUUCGAAUGGGUGUUCUGCAUCAUCAUCAUGCUAUUUUAUGGGACUUUUGCCUUUGAGUUUUCUGGCAUGUCUGGAGACACCAUGGUGGUACUGGCGAGAGGAGGCUCUUUGGGACCUGCUGGGAGAGAACACAAGAUGGACACAAUGGGAGCACUGGGAGGGCCCGGUUCACACUCACACUCUCAACCACAUCCACACCAACCUGAAAGCAUGUCCAUGCUGUAGCGUCCUGGCAUAUAUGGAUGCCACACAGUUGCCUCGCGUAUUCCUUUUCAACUCUAGUUGUUGAAUGAUUUGAAUUAUUAAUUUCCAGGCAUGUUUGUCUGAAGGUUUGAAAUAAACCAGGCCAGUGCAGCAACUGUUCGGAGCGGGUGUAUAUCUGCUGCUACAGUGGACAGCUAGGUUUAUACUUACGUCAAACUUAAGAACUUGUUUGCAUUUUGCACAUUGCACAGGCGUGCAAACCCAAAUUUUUCUCCCUACUCAUUGCUGUCCUCACUGACCAUCAGGGGAGGGUUUUGUCAGUCAGAUCAAAGAGAUCGUUUGAACUGUCUCCUGUGAACGUGACCUUGGAUCGGUUCCUCUUAGGUGACUGCCGUGAUGCUUUCAGAGUAUGCAAAGAACUGAAGGCUGCUGGACAGCCCAGCUGACAGUAUUACAGCGGAGAGGUGUUACAGUGUUUCAAUCCUGGAAACAGAACAAGGCGGCAGUCUGCAUUUUCAUGUAAACCUCUGUUAAGCAAUAUUUCUUUGUAACUAACACCCUGCUCUGUAUAGAUUUUUUUUUUUUUUUUUUAUGUUUUGGUUAUCUGCAUAAUCAACUGCACAUUACCUCCCUUCCAAAGCCAAGUGUAAAGCUAAAGAUGUUUCUGUGGAGUUGGUUUAUCAAGGUAGUUAUGUGCUCUGAUGUUCGUCUGAUGGGCUUGUAUUUAGGCACAAGUGUCAUUUUGCUGAAAAUGCUUAAUGUAGCAUUACACUUGUACCAUAAAUGCAAACCUAACAUUAUAAAGUAUCAGACUGCAUGGCCUUAUUGUUUCUGGAUGCUUCGGGUGACGUGUCAUAUGUCUUUGUUUUAACUGUGUCUAGAAAUACAUUGAGCUUGGGGGUCACAUAAAUCUUCUAAUUAAGUCUGUAAAAAAUACAUCCUUUCCCAUUCUUAUUGGGAUCAAUACACUAGCAGCUCUUAAAUAAUGCUGGAUUCAACUUCCUCUCUGUAAAGCUUAUGAAAGAGAGGUGACACAGUGUCGAGAGGCCAAAUAUGUACCAGCUAAUUCAAUCCAGAGCACUGGCUUUAUUAAGUUUAGUGAUGGGGCAUUACACGUGUUUUCAGGUCCUGUAGAUGGAGGUCUGCAUCUUAUUAUUCCCCAUGCAGGAGGAGGAGAAUGUGCUCUUAUUGCUAUAGCUGCUUUCUUUUUCUUUGAAGCUCAGAACUCCGCACAGGUGGAGUUAUUUCAGCAUGUCAAGCCGGUGUAUUGGGACAAAGGGAAAAGGAUUUGUAUAAUGUAAGGCGUGAUGGUGAUGCACUGUCCUGCCUCUGUGUUACUGUGUUACUUUGCAGUAUGUGCCAAAUAUAAGUGUGCCUGUGGCAUUGGUGCUAAAACACAACUAGGCCUUACCCUGUUGUUUUCCCUUACUUUACCUGUGAUUAUAGCAAAGCAAUAAGAAGAGACUUUGAUAGUGGGAGCAGGGAUAGAAGGUCAGGAAUACCAACACAUGGAGAAAUGCUCCAUGCUGACAGAAAAGACUGAGGGACAUUGUUAACAUCUGUGUGUAAUUUUCUGAAGCUUUGAGCAGGCAGAGGCUUUACAGCAGUAGUACUCUGUGUAACUGGCCGUCAGCACCGCUGGCCACAUGUUGGGCUGAGAUGUUGUUUGUGUAAUUUGCCUGCAAGCGACAGCAAAUUCUUCAAACAUAGUUUCACAUUAUGUCACUGAAAUGUAGGUAUUAACUAUCAGGCUGAAUGUAUCUGAACCAGACUGAUGGCGGAAGCUUGUGCACGCUGCACUGUGGAAUGAGCUGGAAGCAACACCAGCCGCACCACUGAGCGCUUGCUUCUCUCUACUGGUCAGACUGCUUAUUGCAUGUCCCGAGACGUUCAGCUCACAGGAGGUCUUGUUUUCUGUUUGACAAAUUAAACUUUGUUCUGUCUGCAGUCAGGAAUUCUGAGGCCAACUCGUGUUUUUGUUGUUUUAUUUUAUAAAAGUGGAGGUUCAACUCCAGCCUGAGCUUCUGGCUACAAUACACUACUACAAUAUGCAUUCUUUUGAGAAGUCACAUUAAAACAUUUGAUGCAUUUUAAACAUUGACUCAAAUAAUGGUGCUGCUCAUUUUGCAUUUACUUAAAGUGCUUAAUUUUGCUUCAUGGUUUAUGCAUGAAUAACUAUUGUUUAUAGCUGACCACUACAAAAAAAACAGCCUUCACAUUCACCAUCAUUCUCUUGAUUUCAUACACACUUUUUCCUCAUUUAUGUAUCUGUCCAAUCUGUACACUCAGGAAAAUGUUACCACACCAGCCACAUUGUUUGAUUCAAAGCCUUCGGCCAUCUUUGUUUAUAUGGUGUUCAUGUCAACGGGGAUUUCUCGUGUACAUGUGUUUCUUUGUGUAGAAUAGGUGCACCUGCUUUGUACCCAGUUGUAAGAGUGGUGAUUAGCCAUGAUGUAAUAAAUUAUUUUUGCUAAUCAAGACUCUGUUAAGCUUCCAUGUAAGCACUCUUGUAACGUUGGCUUGUGAGAAUGCUGAUGCUGCUCAUGCAAAUGAGGUGUGAGAAAAAUGAGCUCACUCGUGUAAUCAGAUUAUCGGUGAGAGCAUUCUGACAACCGAACUAGAACCAGCAAUCCUCACAACACCCCAUUCUCAGUUAAACAGCUCCCUGUGCCUUAUGUACUGUAUUGGUAAUGGAAACCAAAGAGGUUACAGUUGUAAAUUCUAUUUUGAUGAAAAAGUCAUAUGAUUGUAUUCAUUUAUGCCUUAAUGUUCAAUAAAUAAAAAAGC